UUUCUUGGAAUUUUCAGGUUUUAUCACGUUGAUUUUUCUCAAGUUUUGGUGAAGGUAAUCUCUGGGUUUCUUUUGGAAUGCUUGAAUUUCUAACAUGGCGGCCGAUCUUUGUGUUUUUGUAGGGAAAAGAAAAUCAAGAAUUAAGAAAGUUUAAUUGUAUGUGAGAAAUGGGAAGGCUGUUUGUGAUCACUCUUGAGGAAAACAUGUAUAGCUGCAAGCACUGCAGAACCCAUCUCGCUCUUGUCGACGACGUAAUCUCUAAGUCUUUUCACUCCAGGCAUGGGAAGGCUUAUCUUUUCGAUAAAGUCGUAAAUGUCACACUUGGAGAGAAAGAAGAGCGGAUCAUGAUAACAGGAUUGCAUACCGUUGCUGACAUAUUUUGUGUUUCGUGUGGAUCAAAUGUGGGAUGGAAAUAUGAGGCGGCGCAUGAGAAAUCCCAGAAGUACAAGGAAGGAAAGUGUAUCCUUGAGAGAUUCCAGAUUCUCGGUCCUGAUGGAAGCAACUACUCAAUCGCUCUCGAAGCUCAGAUUGGCGGAAGCGAUGGUGAUGAGGCUUGAUUUCCCAUCCAUUCAGGAAACUGCACUAUUAGUUUCAAAUGUAAAUUCUUAGCAAUCUAUUUUCUUUAUUGAGUAGGCUUUGCUAAUUGAUUUAGAACAUGGUAUUGAUGACCAAUACAGUUGCUAAUCAAGUUCUUCAAAAAAAAGUAUUAGCUUACAUCUGG